AUGAAUGUAUUCUCGACGGCUGCAACCCGGUUCGACAGCACGAUGAUGCGCCUACGAGGCCUUUGUGUUGCUGGAAAAUUACUGUUUUACCUCUUAUUCUUGCGUCGACAUUGCUGUCGAAGCUUUGGAGGUAGCUUUGGAGGAAGCAAAGACUCGACAAAAUUGUCGACGCCAGACGCCGUGGGAGUAAGGUCAAAGGUCGGCGAUAAAGACAGCGAAGGCCAGGGGAGAAAGACAACACAUGAUCGACGACAGACAUGA